AUGCCAGAGACCACCCUUGUAGGACCCUCACUCACUAAAGUUCCUCAGCAGUUUUUGAUCAUCAAAGAAGGAGCAAUUGCAACAAUUUCUUGCGAAGCGUUCAGUUACCCUCCCUCUGUCAUUACGUGGACACGUGCCUUGACUGGUUUACCCAAAGCAAGGAGUUCCGUUAUUAACGGAACAUUGCGCAUUCGAGAUUUUUCAGUUCAUGACACUGGCUCGUACGUGUGUACAGCUGAGAACAAAGUUGGCAAAAAUAGGGCUUCCACUACGUUGGGAAUUCAAAGGAAACCAGUUAUUUCCUGUGAAGAGGUAAUUACAAAGCACUCUGCAAAAACGUCUGGAAGCUUCGAGCUAACAGCAACCUCCAUCCGAUAUACGGUGUACUGUGAUAUUAAAGCUGAUCGUAAAGGCUGGACUUUAAUCGCUCGAUUCUCAAACAGUGACAAUAAAAACUGGAUGCGCAACGACGGCAGCUGGUGGUAUGACCAACAAGUCUCCGUGGGAACAACAACAGAUCCUUCUAUUAACUCUGACAUGAUCUCACCAGCCUUUUGGUUGGUCAGCGGCAGAGAAGUUAAGAUCACGCGCAGUGAUGACCCCAGUCAUACUCCUUUGUUACAGACCACAGGUAACUGUUUGGCUGGACAAACAUUCCGAUCAAAAAUCACAAAUUAUGGCGACUUUAGAAACGGCAAAGUUUGGGCCAGUGACCGGUGCCAGGGAAGCUGUACGGUUCAAUAUGGCGGUCAGUACAAGUCAACAGACGGGUUUCAACAGGCUGAGUGCAGUGGAAACAUCCAAAGCGCCAACAACAUCGGCUUCUGGUGUGAUUGGGAUUCUGGUGAUGGAUCAGUGAUGAUGAUUGGUGGAGGAGGAAAUUCUUGUGCACGUGCUGAUCACGGAAUUGGGAUAACGGAAGAAGACGCAGCAAAGUUUCGUGUUGCAAAUGCAUAUGACUUUGGCUAUUCUGUAUCCCAAUCCUACUCGUUAAAUCUGUGGAUCCGUUGAGCAGGACUAACCUAAGUUCUAUUUUUUCAAAGAAAUUACGAUCUGUAUCAAAAUUGAACUCUUCGUUGGUAGUUAAAAAGAAGGUAAAACUCAAAAGGCGGCAAUUUUGAUUUCUAUUGUUUCAAAUAGGUAUUAUAGGAUGCUCGGAGGAAGAUACAUAUUUCCCCCUGGGCAUCCCAGAAUAGCUAUUUGAAACAAUAGAACUCAAAUUAGCCGCCGUUUCGCCGAAAAGGUCCAUUUAAAAUAGGGUGGGUCAGUAGUUUCAAGCAUUUUCUAGCACUUGAUGAAUCAAUGCUACCACACUUUUUCAACCGAUCGAUGCCGUAAUUAAGUCCUUUUUAGCUUGGGCGGUUUGUUGCCCCGCUUAGACUAUGCCCUUGAGAAUUCUUGCUUUCAAACUGCCGAAUAGUCUCGUGUAUAUGAAUAGAUGAUUUUUAGAUGGAAAAUAAGAACAAUUCUCAAGAGGAUAUCACGUGGUUUGUCUGAAUGGGAAAUCAAACCGCCCAAGCUAAAAAGGUCUAUUCUGCUGUAAAAAUCUUGAAGCCCAGUCAUUUUGAAAAAAAGAUAUGGUCACUUCCAUCAUGCGAAAGGUUAGCAACAGUGUAACCUGUUAAGGGCACCCGUUAUAUCGGCUUUAAUAAAAAUAAAUGCUUGUAACUAAAACAGCAAGUCCGACGACCCCAUUUUAUUUAUUACAACCGAAAUUGUAUUAAGGUUGCUAAUUGAAAUACAAGUUUGGCCAAAAAAUUAAACGGAGGGAGUUCAGAUCAAUUUAUGUUUUCUACAAUUUGUUGUAGCUCUGAAGCCGCUCCCACUUUUUUUUUUUUAAUUUCCUGAAGAGUCAAAUCCUGACAUGCUGAUUAUAAAUCGAUAAUAAAACGUGUGGUUCACAGAAGUAACAAGUUAUAUCGUUGGCAUGGUAACUUGCAAUGCUAAGGAAAUGGUCAUAACUUGUCUGCCAAUUUGUGACCUUUUUAAUGCCAUGAUUGUAGCAUGAGUUCGUAUAGUGUGAUCGUCCUGGUGAGGGUAGUUCUGAAAAGAACUGUUGUUGGUGACUGACGUUUCGACAAUGAGCGGAAGUCACCUUCAGAGUCCAGUGAAUAGUGUUGGCUCGUUAGUCGAUGAUGUUAUAAGUCUGGUCUGUUGAAUGUGAUUGGUCAGUU